AUGAUAACCACUGAUCAAGAACAGCGUGCUCAUUUAAAUGGCAUUUCUCUUUGGUUUUUACCUGCAUUAGUGACAGAUUCUGGGAAUUACACUUGUUACUUGAGGAAUAAAACUUUUUGUAUAAAGGAGAUUAUUCAAAUACGAGUUCUUGAACUGCCUCCAAACCAAUGCUUUCAUCAUGAUUACCUCCGACCAACUUUGGAAGAAACACCUGCCUCUGUAUAUGUUUACUGUACUGGUCUAGCUGAAUUUUCACAGAAACCUUUUGAUCUACAGUGGUACAAGGAUUGUAAUCCUAUUAAAAUUGACAAUCAGAGCUACUACAGUCUUUCUGAAAAACUGCUCAUUAAAGAUGCAAGCCAAGAAGAUGAUGGAAUGUACACAUGUGAACUUGAAUUUGUGCACCAUGGCAGGAAGUAUAAAGUAACAAAGACAACAGAAUUGAAAAUAAGUCCAAUGAAAGUGAUAUAUCCAGACUUGAUAAGUCCGAUAAAUAAUACAAUUGAAGCAAGACUUGGUUCAGAGCUGAAAGUGACCUGUGAAGCUUAUUUCGGAUCUGGUAACAUGUCUUUUCUGAAGCUUUUCUGGGAAGUGAAUGCGAUGAAGAUUCCCACAGAUGAAUCCAGAAUUAAGCAAGGGCUUCUACUCCGUAAAGAAGGAACUGGUCAUGAUGUAGUUAAGAAGAGAACGCUAUUUAUCUCUAAGAUCACUGAAGAAGACUUUCAAACAAAAUUUUAUUGUUUCGCAAGCAAUCUACGAGCAAAGAGAGGGGCUUUUGUAAAAAUUUCACGCCAAUCACCAGAUUGGAUAUCUGAUGCAAUUAAAAUCUUAAUUCCACUGAUAUUUGGGUUACUAGCCUGUACAACAGUAUAUGUUAUUUUCAAGGUUGAUAUUGUCCUUUGGUACAGAGAUUCAUUCGAAUCCCAUAAAGUAAUUAAUGAUGGGAAGGAGUUUGACGCAUAUGUAAUCUAUCCAAGAUCUGAGAACAAAGGUCAAAAAGAAAACUGUAAAGCAAAGUACUUUGCUGUUCACAUUUUACCACAAGUACUUGAAGAAAAAUAUGGAUACAAACUAUUUAUUUAUGGCAGAGAUGAUCUCGCCGGCCAGGCUGCAACUGAAGUGAUUGAAAAUAAUAUACGGAGAAGCAGGAGACUGAUUAUCAUUUUGACUCAAAUGACUUCAGCUGAUGACCAGGCAUACUCUGGAUUUGAACGCCAAAUUGGAUUAUAUGAGGCUUUAAUUGAGGAUGAAAUUAAAGUAAUUCUAAUUGAGUUUGAGAAAUUUGAAUGCUUGAGUGACUUUCCAGAAUCCAUAAGACACCUCAUUCAAAGAAAUGGUACCAUUAAAUGGAAAUCAGGUGAAACAAGUAAACUUGAUGCAGUUUGCUCGAGAUUUUGGAAGCAAGUGAGAUACAAAAUGCCAGCACGAAAGAAGACACUGGCUGGCUCUGUUUGAUUCUACAAGGCACAAAAUGAAGGAAAAACACAAUCUGUGUUUUAUUCUUAGUUUUAUGCCCUAUUAAUUGAACUGAUAUGGACUUCAGUGUUCACAACUUCUAAUGUUACCAAUUUCUAGCAGUGUUACAAUUAACUUUAGAGAUAGGAUUUAUGCAUUUUUAGACUGUCCUUCUCUACAUUAUUAUGUUGACAUAUGGAAAGGUAAACCUUUAUCAGGUGGAUUUUUAAUGGGGAUCCUUGCCCACCAGAGCCAUCUGUUGGAAAAAAAACCUGCACCUGUCCUGUUGUUUUCUAGUCUGCUGAAGUUAAUGAAUCCAGAUCUGUGGUCUCGGUGUGCAGUGUCCCAUAUGUUUGUAGCAAGGAUCUGUAAGUUGAAAAGUUUGGCCACUAUCAUUGUAUUUUAAUUCUUCAAGAUUUUGUUUAUGAUAUAGUCAUUGAUUCUUUCAAUCUAAACUAAAAUUAUGUAAAAGUUCUUGGUUUUAGUUUUAUUUUAUAAAAUAUAGUUUUAGAGAUCCUCUGCAUUGACUAGAACAUAGAACAUAGGAAUCUACAACACAUUACAGGCCCUUCGGCUCACAAUGUUGCACCGACCCAUGUAACCUACUCUAGAAACUGCCUAGAAUUUCCCUAGCACAUUUCUCAAUGCUUUAUGUAACUAUCUAAGAGGGUCUUAAAGGACCCUAUUGUAUCCACCUCCACCUCCACUGGCAGCAGUGCA